CAGUGCAAAUAACCGAAUUGGCAAAUUGUAAAAGCACAUUGUAUUUUAUCGCGACCGUGUUAUUUGUCGUAAAGUGUUCUUAUAUCGAUUGAUGACUUAAAAUAGAUCAUUCGUAAACUUGUGCCGUAACAGGAGGUAUUUCGAUCUUAGCUUGAUAUAAAAACAGAUGCCUAGCAAGUCAUGACCGGAUCCAAAACUGAGUACGAUGAGAAGGGCAUCACGUUCUACUAUUUUCUCCUGUCUGUAUGGGCAGCUAUAGUCAUCUCAGCAACUUUAUUUGUCUUCCCAAGACGAAAGUCCAAAGCCGAAAAAGAAAGAAUCCGUCGAAAGUGCAAUUGCACGCCAUGUAAUAAUAAAAGACAGACUGUUAGUACCUCAAAACCAAUAUUCAAGAUCGCUGUCAUCUUUAUCGGUUGGAUAGUGUUGCUGCUGCUGGCAUACAAAGUGUCGACUGUCCAGAAUGAAGACCGUGAAUACGACCCGUUUGAAAUACUUCAAGUUGACACGGAGGCAUCGCUACACGAAAUCAAGAAGGCCUACAGGAAGCUCAGUCUUGAACAUCACCCGGAUAUGGCAACUGGUGAUUCCGAGAUGUUCAUGAAAAUUGCCAAGGCGUAUGCUGCAUUAACUGAUGAGGAGUCCAGGAAUAACUGGAAAACGUACGGGCAUCCGGAUGGACCUGGAGCAAUUAUCUUUGGAAUGGCCUUGCCAAAUUGGAUUUUCGAUAAGAGCGGUUCGUUUUGGAUAUUCGUGGUGUAUAUAGUGGUUUUCAUAGUGAUCAUGCCAAUUGGGGUUGGCUUUUGGUGGUAUUAUAGCAAGUUUAGUAAAGGCCGGGUGCUGAAUGAGACGCACGACCUAUAUAUGCAUUGUUUAUAUCACAGUCCCAAUAUCAAGCCGAUAAAGUUGCUUGGAUAUUCUUGGGAAUUUAACUAUAAAUGUAAUCCGAAGAUAGAGAUGCGACCAACUGAGGGCAAAGACGAGCUAAUGAAGCUGUUGAACAAGAAGAAGAAAAAGAAGAAGGCUAAAAAAGGCGACUUUCUGGGAUGCGGCGAUAUAGCGCGCGCACUGUUGCAAGCACAACUUACGAGACAUACGUUUGAAAAUCCGAAGUUUAAAGUUGAUCAAAUAUACAUUCUGCAGAAGUUUCCAGCUCUUAUUGAUAAAAUGGUCGAAAUCCUUGCCCAGCUUGUGCCUUUCUCAAUUCACAUGCAGCGUCAAGAUCCUAAACUCCAACCUACUAAAAAGAAGCAACCGACGAAAACGGCUAAAAAAGAAAGAAAGAAAACACAUAAACCUAGCAUACCCAGUCUCAAAACCAUAGAGAGCUGCAUGAGGUUGUCUCAGUUGAUUACUCAGGCCCUGGAUGUUGAAGACAGCCCCAUUAAGCAACUGCCUCACAUCGGACCGGACAUAAUGCGGCUCUUAGACGACAAUUUGUCCAUCCGAGACUUUGUUGAUAUGGAUACAGUAGAAAGACGCUCCCUGCUAAAGGAUCUGAACGAAAGCCAAUACAAUGACGUUAUGAAUGUGUGUGCGCUCAUGCCUUAUGUUACUAUGUCUGCGACAUGUGAAGUGAAGGGUGAUGAAGACAGUACAAUUACUGUCGGAAGCACCGUGACGGUAACUGUUAGCAUGAGACGAAAAAACAUUAUAGAUGAACGCGAUGUCCCUGCAUGGGCUGAUAAACUGGAGACAUUGACAGUAAACGUGUCGCAAGUAAACGAAAAUGCUUCCGAUGUUACAAACAUUGAUCAAACAAUAAAAGGCUGGCGAAAGAUUCCAAGUAAGAAAGGGAAGAAAAAAACAGCGUCCAAUAAGGCCAAGGGAAUUAAAGUGCAGGGCGAGAGAGCAAAGACACAAAAGAACGAGCUACCGAAAGAGAAAUACAGCCAUGAGACCGAAAAGGAGCAUUGUUUCGAGAAAGAUACAGAAUCAGAAGACGAUGAGUCAACUGGGAACAAGGAAACGAUUGACGAGAAAGAAUGGAAAACAUGCCAGGAUGAGAUCAAGUCUGAAAUCUCAUUAGACACGAAGCGAGAGAGUCACCAAGUGCAUUGUCCGUACUUUCCAGAUGAGAAGCAGGAAGGCUGGUGGCUCUACGUUGCAGAUCGGAAAAAUAACAUGUUGUUUACUGCACCUGUGCAUAUAGUAUCACUUAAAGAUGAAAAGGAGAUAAAAGUGCAAUUAAAAGCUCCUUCGAAGGUUGGGAUUUUCACUUACACCGUGAUUAUUCGUUCUGAUUGCUAUGUGGAUUUGGAUUACCACCAAACCAUCAAGUUGGACGUAAAAGCGGCUAAGAAAACUGAUGCUGAACAAGACAAAAUUAAAGAAAAUGAAGAAAGCAAGGAGGGAUGCAAGGACAACAAUGAUUCAGAUUAUUCUUCUGAGAACGAUGAAUUGAGUGACAGUGAAUAACUCGAAAUGCAGACAGUCGUCUUGUUAAUACAGUUGCCCCCCUUAGAAUAGAAACAGGUAGAUACGACGGAGUUUAUUGCUUAUACGAGUUUUACUGUUAUCGUUAACCAGGUUUUCCGAAGGAAAAAACUGGUUAUUAGAUUGGCGAAUGCGGGCGGGCUGGCUGGCUGGCGGGCUGGCGGGCUGGCUGGCUGGCUGGCGGGCUGGCGGGCUGGCGGAAUAAGCUUGUCCGGGCCAUAACUAUGUCGUUCAUUGUCAGAUUUUAAAAUCAUUUGGCACAUUUGUUCACCAUCAUUGGACGGUGUGUCGCGCGAAAUAAUUACGUCGAUAUCUCCAAGGUCAAGGUCACACUUUGAGUUCAAAGGUCAAAAAUGGCCAUAAAUGAGCUUGUCCGAGCCAUAACUAUGUCGUUCAUCGUCAGAUUUUAAAAUCAUUUGGCACAUUUGUUCACCAUCAUUGGACGGUGUGUCGCGCGAAAUAAUUACGUCGAUAUCUCCAAGGUCAAGGUCACACUUUGAGUUCAAAGGUCAAAAAUGGCCAUAAAUGAGCUUGUCCUGGCCAUAACUAUGUCAUUCAUUGUGAGAUUUUAAAAUCAUUUGGCACAUUUGUUCACCAUCAUGGGACGGUGUGUCCCACGAAAGAAUCACGUCAAUAUCUCCAAUGUCAAGGUCGCCACGACUAAAAAUAGAUUUAAAAAAAAAAACUUACAAAGGGGGUUAAUUUUUUUUGGUCAUUUCAAAAGUUCAGUUUGAGUUUUCUCCCUUUAUCAGAUUUUUUUUUCACAAUGAAAACCUGGUUUUGUGACAAUUUUGUCCCUUGUUUAUUCUUAUAUUCUUAUAUUCAAUGUAAUGUAUUUAAAAGCUUGCGCUUUGUCUUACACACUUAGAUUUUUAAUUAAAGAUCAUACUUUGCAAUAGAUAUGCAAGAUCCAUUAUUUAAAACUUCAACCAGAAUUUGUUCAUUUAUAGCAAAAUUAACAAAACGGUAUGUCCCCAAGAAUGAGUAAACAUUUUAGCAAUGUUUGAUACCUUUGUAAAGAUUAUGUAGAGUAUACUUCAUGCAUUUUUUGGACUCUUUAACCGAUCAAAAAAGCUUUCAACAUACCACAAAACAGGAACAUGGCAAAUUUGGGUAUAAUAUAACAAAGUCUUGUUCUUCUUAAAGAUACAGUUAAAUCUUUAAAAAAAAAACUAGUGUACAUUUAUCCCCAUUACCCAUUCAAAGAAUUUUCUCCUAUGUUUGUCAUUUAUACAAAUGCCAUCUUAAACCUUAUGUUUUAUCAUGGAAGAUUAAUUCAAAGUUAUAAAAGAU